AUGGCAGUCAUUCCAGGCAUUUCCGACUACUCGGAUAGCUCACCUUUCCAUCCAGGUGUGACACUUUUAGUGUCCUGCCUAUCACUGAUACCUGUCUACUUUACUGGCCUUAUCCUUUACAAUGUCUACUUCCACCCGCUGUCCAAAUACCCAGGCCCAAAGUCUAUGGCGGCAACACGCAUUCCCAACAUGCGUAUGGUCGCGUCCGGCCAGGCACACCGAGUAAUCGUACAGUUACACGAAAAAUACGGUCCAGUUGUCCGAGUUUCCCCAAACGAACUUUCAUUCGUAACCAAUGGCGAGGCCUGGAAGCCAAUCUAUGGCAGUCGACCAGGCCACAGCCAAAAACCCAAAAACUACCUAUUUUACCAACAGACCAUUGAUAAUUUUCCAAACAUUAUUUCUUCCAAUGAUGCUGAUCACACCCGUUUUCGUCGUUCACUAUCCCAUGCAUUCUCCGAUAGCUCUCUUCGUGGCCAAGAACCCAUCAUCAAGGGCUACGUUGACCUAUUGAUCCAGCGUUUGCAUGAGACCACAAAAAGAGGAACUGUACCCGUCGAUGUCGUUUCUUGGUACAACUUUACAACAUUCGACAUCAUCGGAGAUUUAGCAUUCGGUGAACCAUUCAGCUGUCUUCAGAACUCGAGCUAUCACCCCUGGGUGAGUAUGAUCUUUGCCGGUGUUAAGGCUGGAGCUUUGAUCGGUUUAAUCCGCCGUGUGCCUUACCUAGAGCAUCUCAAAAAGCAACUCACUCCCAAAAAGCUCAUGGACGCUAAACUAGACCACCAAAGUUUGACCAAGGAGAAAGUUCAAGUUAGGAUGGGGAAACCGAAUGAUCGGCCUGAUUUCUUUGCGAACAUUCUCAAGCAGAAGGACCCAUCUAAAACAUUCAGUGAAGGGGAGCUAUAUGCGAAUGCAGAUGUUUUGAUUAUCGCUGGCUCGGAGACCACUGCUACCUUACUCUCGGGUGUGACAUAUCUUCUGCUGAGAAGCCCGCAUGCAUUUGCCAAGCUUAAGGAUGAAGUUAGGGGUGCUUUCAAGUCUGAUUCUGAUGUCACUCUGGAGGCGUGUAACCAGCUGGUAUAUCUGCAGGCUUGUUUGAAUGAAGCCUUGAGGAUGUAUCCGCCGGUUCCUGUUGGGUUACCUCGCGUUAUCGAUGCCCAAGGAGACACUAUCGAUGGAAACUGGGUACCAGGGGGCGUAACUGUCUCGGUCUCUCAUAUAGCAACCUACUCGUCGGAGAAGAACUUCAAGGACGCAAAGCAUUUCAUACCUGAGCGUCAUCUCAAUGAUCCUCGAUUUGCGUCAGACAAUAAAAAUGCAUUGCAGCCAUUUAGCUUUGGCCCAAGAAACUGUAUUGGUCGAAACCUUGCCUAUGUCGAGAUGCGCUUGAUUCUUGCUAGAAUGAUUGUCAACUUCGAAAUGGAGCUUGCUGAGCCUGGUUUCGAUUGGAUAGAUCAGAAGGUGUAUAAUCUGUGGGAGAAGCCGCCACUGAUGCUUAACCUUAUUCCAAGAGACAUGGCAAAAUCGGAGAAGGCUUGA